AUGCAAGUCAAUAAUGAGGCACCACUAGGGUGCCUCAAGCCAAAUAUUUCUCAGUAUAACUCUCCAGAGCAGAGAGGUGGACUUGAAGGGUUUCCUGAGAAUAAUGAAAAAAGGAAUGAUAUUGUUGCUGUGGAAAAAAUCUGGGAGGCGUCUCCUAUUCCAAAUCAAGGCCUUAGCAGGCCCUUCUACAGACAAGAAUUUUAUGCCUGGCCAUAUAUUUAUUCAGAUUAUCAAAUGGUGCGUCAGCCACUACCUUAUGGUUUUGACAACCAAUUUUAUCAGAUAAAUAGGGACCACGGUUUCCCUAUUGAGAACAGAGUUCAGUAUCUUCCAUUCAAGAUGCUCCCUCAAGGUCACCCCCAUGAUGCACAGCUUCAGGAAUUUCAGCAUUUCGUGGUUAUUGACUUUGAAGCAACCUGUGACAAGGUGAACAAUCCAUUUCCCCAAGAAAUCAUUGAGUUUCCAUCUGUCUUGGUUAACAGUGCAACUGGAAAACUCGAAGAAUGCUUCCAGACAUAUGUUCGGCCGACGUAUCAUCAAUUUUUGACCGAUUUUUGCAAGGAGCUUACUGGCAUACAGCAGAUUCAGGUGGACAGAGGUGUGCCUCUAGGUGAAGCCUUACUCAUGCACGAUAAGUGGCUAGAGGACAAGGGCAUCAAGAACACAAACUUUGCUAUUGUGACCUGGUCUAACUGGGACUGCCGUACAAUGCUGGAAUCAGAAUGCAGAUUUAAGAGAAUCAGGAAGCCCCCUUAUUUUAACAGAAUAGACAUAUCAGUUAGAGCUAAACAAUCUGGAGCUUUCAUGCUAAAGAAGUCUUUUGAACAAAUUUUGAUCAGGUGGAUCAACUUGAAGGUACCUUUCCAGGAAGUGUAUGGGGAUGUCCGCUGCAACCUCAAGGAGGCAGUCCAGUUGGCUGGCCUUACAUGGGAGGGGCGUGCUCACUGCGGGCUUGAUGAUGCCCGCAAUACUGCUCGCCUCCUGGCACUUAUGAUGCACCGGGGUUUCAAGUUUUCUAUCACCAACUCACUUAUGUGGCAACCUGUUCCACAGUCAACAACUUGCCAAUUAUCCCCCGACCGCUCUCCAGAUCCAGUCCAACAGCAGCAGAAACCAAAAGAGAUGCUGGGAUCUCCUGUGCAGGUUAACCCAUACGCCACCUCUGCAGGGAAGGACAGAGCGAUGUACUGUUACUGUGGAGUGCUGAGCAGGUGGAGCGUUGUGCGCAAGCCAGGACCCAUGCAGGGAAGUUGUUCAGUGAGUGUUGAAAGUAUUGAUCAAAUUGAAGGUGGUUUGUUGCUGAAAUGGUAA